ACUCACUCACACAUUUGUACGUAAGAAACAAAAUAAAAAGUGCUCAUACCAAUUUUUGAAAAUGGAAUCAAGUUUGAACAAAAUUUUAAACAUGAACAGACAGCAGCUCAGUGGUCAAUUAUACAAGUACACUAAUGUAGUUAAAGGGUGGCAAUAUCGCUGGUUCACGGUGGAUGCUCAAGCUGGCUUGCUAAGCUACUAUUUGUGUGAACCAUCGAAUGAUGACUCAAACCCACAUAUCAUAGGAAAUUCUCCUCGAGGCCAAGUGCACUUGGCGGCAGCCGUGAUUUGUCCCAGUGAUGAGGAUUCUAAAACUUUCACUGUUAAUUGUGCAUCCGGAGAUAUGCUUAAACUAAGAGCAGGAGAUGCGAGGGCGCGACAAGAAUGGGUUGAUGGUUUGAGGGCCAUCGUUGAAAGCCAUUCGAUUUGCGCUGCUUCACUUCCGCCAAGAGAUCAACUGGCGGCCAACGACGCCUUUGGAGCAGCUCGUCAGCAAAUGCAGCAAACGGAACUUAGUAAUGCUGCCCUGGCACGGGCGAUUGAGAAUGUGACCAGCCCUCUUGCCCCCACAGAUCCCGAUUUGCUAAUGCUGAAAGCAUUGUCUGCCGCCAGCACUCAUAGUUUGCUGCAGUGCUUAGGAUUACUACAGAGGCACCACGAAUUGGCCGACGCAAGGCUAGAACCUUAAGCUUUGGAAAAAUAUUGCAUGGAAAAUCCUUUCCCGUUAUUAAUCGUACGUUUUGUCCCAGCUAUUAAAUUCUCCUCGGUAGUAUUAUCAACGAUUUUAAUUUCGUAAACCUGGAGCAGAAUACUUGUAGAUACCUAAACUAAUUGUAAUCUUCUUUAAUACAUUUUUCACAAGCAAAAAAUGUGCGCAAGAAUAAAAAAAAUCCGUACAAGGUA